AAAUUGAUAAAUUCACAAAACCUCAGUCAGACAGUCACUGCGAUGUGCGAUCACCAAAUAUUGAAGGAAAAAACAAAAACCAAAAAACCUCUCCUCUAUUCUUUUGAUCAAAUUCUAGAUUCGCCCCUCUUAAUUUCACUCGAAUUUCCAGGUAACCCUCUACGAUUAUGGCAUCGGAGUAAAUAAGACCUCCAAUUCGGUCGGAGAGAGUUGGGGUAGCGGCCUUGUGAGAAAGCCGACGGAGCGCAUUCGUAAGUCCAAAGAAAAAUAAGAGAACGAAAUGUCGCAGCAGCAGAUGAACAACAAUACCAGUAGUAGCAAUAUUCCGGUGAGCGAGAGGUAUUGGACUUUAGUUGAUAAAGCUGAUAAGAAAUUUUCGAAGAUCAGAGACUUGCCUUACUAUGAGCGCAACAGGUACGAUACAUACUUUUACAAGGUAUUCAAAGUCUACACUCAGUUGUGGAAGUUUCAGCAGGAAAAUCGGCAGAAACUAGUUGAAGCAGGGCUAAAGAGAUGGGAGAUUGGUGAGAUUGCAUCACGAAUUGGUCAGCUUUAUUAUGGACAAUAUAUGCGAACAAGUGAAGCGAGUUACUUGUCUGAGGCAUAUAUCUUCUACGAGGCGAUUUUGACAAGGGAGUACUUCAGAGAGGGAUCAUUUCAGGAUUUCAAUCUUGCAAAUAAACAAUUGAGGUUUCUAGCUAGGUUUUUGAUGGUGUGUUUGGUUCUAAACCGGAGAGAAAUGGUGCAUCAAUUAGUUAAUCAGCUGAAGAUGUUGGUUGAUGAAUGCAAGAGGACUUUCCAGGACACUGACUUUAAAGAAUGGAAGCUGGUGGUUCAGGAGAUAGUAAGAUUUUUGAAAGCUGACACCGCUUUUAUGAAUAUCAGGCCUUUAAGGUAUAGUCUUGUACUGGACCCUCACCCAGAUGUUCUACCUCAUGUUGCUGCACCAGUUGCAAGAAAGAAUUUGAGAUUGCGGGAUGCUGUGCUGAGCAGCUACCACCAUAACGAGGUCAAAUUUUCGGAGCUCACUCUUGACACCUUUAGGAUGCUUCAGUGCUUGGAAUGGGAGCCCAGUGGUUCUUUCUACCCGUCAGCUGGUGGUAAAAGUGGUCAGAAUGGAGCAUUAGCAUCUAGUCCCAUUAACCACUCCCAAGAUAUUGCUGAUCCUACUUUGCCACCAAACCCGAGAAAAGCCGUAUUAUAUCGUCCAUCUCUAACACAUUUUAUUGCGGUUCUGGCAACCAUCUGUGAGGAGCUCCCUCCUGAUGGUGUUCUCUUGGUAUAUUUGUCAGCUUCAGGAACAACUGGACAUACGUUGUCUCUCUCAGGUUCUGGGACCGGUAUCAACACAGCAGAAAAUAUUACAAGGGACUUUCAAUCUCAUACAAUUCACUCAGAUGGAACCUCCACUUCAUCUAUGAGUUCACCAAGCAAUAGCCCAAACCCUUCGGCAAGUCAAAAGAAAGGAGAUUGCAUCAGUUACCAUACUGGUUGCUUGCAGUUUGGUAAUCGCGGGAGUGGAGGAUUGAACUGUAUUUACCCUAGCGACUUAAUUCCAUUCACAAGAAGACCACUUUUUAUAAUAAUUGAAAGUGAUGCCAGCGAGGUGUUUAAGGCUAUUAGUGGAGCUGAGAAAGGAGAGCGAGCUGCAUUGCUUCUGUCCCCUAACUGUUCAUUUCCAAUUGGCAGUAGUGAUGCUUCUCGUCACUCAGUUGGUAGCCUAUUCACAAUUUUCCUAACAGCUCCAUUGCAGGCUUUUUGUCUGUUGCUUGGUAUUUCAGGCUCUGAUAUUGAAAUGGACACAUAUAAACAUGCUGAAAGCCUGCUUUCGUCAUCGUUAAAUGACUGGGGCUUGAAAUUGGCAACAUCAGAUAAUGUUGAUCCUGUCUGGGCGCAGAUUCUUGGAGAUCCAUUCCUACGACGGUUUCUUCUUAGAUUUAUCUUUUGUCGGGCAGUAUUGACAUUGUUUGUGCAAACCUACAACAAGGAGGAGUUCCAUCCCGAAUGUAUGCCAGCACUUCCGGAUGCUGUUUCACCAAGGACAAGUGCCUCUCAAACCGCAGUUGUGCAGCUGGCUAAACUGUUCCAUGCCACCAAACGGUUUGUUUUCACAGAAGCAAUUCCACUUCCUGAUCAUAUAAGCAGUGGUACACGGUCUUGAAUUUUCUUUCUCAGGAAUUGGAUACUCCAUAAAUAUAGGUGAGUUUUACGACAGUUAGAUUUGAAAACCGAGUGUUUGAUGAUUGAAAUGGGCAGUGCAUGGUUCAUUCUUAUGGUCACUGUUUCACGUGUAUGUCUGUAAAAUUAGAAUUGGAUACGAAGUUUGUUUGUUUUUGUAAUGCAAUGAUGAAAAGGUUAAUUUCCAAAGCUGGCAGGUACUGUUAUGAUUAUUCUUUUUGGAAUAAAGGGAGGAAUUAUUUUGCUCA